AUGUGGAAGGCAACCAUUGGCGUAAAACCACCAGUUCCACCAAAGCCGUCGGCAGAUGAUGAUUGGGAUACGGACCCUAAUUAUAAGGUAGGAAUUUCUUUUGAUCUUUUAUUUUGUUAGAACGAUGUAAGCGAGAAGGAAGCAAGAUGGGGUUCAAGAGUGAUCGAAGGUUCUGGUCAUCAAGAUGCCCUGAAUAUGGCCGAAUUAAGAGCUCAAGUGAUGAAAAGUGAUGCAAGUACAAGGGAAAAAAGGCUGGCUGAUAUGCCCAAGCCCAGUCAAGGCUACGGCGGAAAAUUCGGAGUUGAAAUAGACAGAGUGGAUAAGGUAAAUGUGGCACUUUAUGUGUUAUUUUUGUGUUUUAGAGUGCUGUUGAUUGGUCAUACAAAGGUAAAACUGAGGCUCAUGUCUCUCAAACUGAUCACUCAAAGGGAUUUGGUGGCAAAUAUGGUGUGCAAACUGAUCGCAUUGAUAAAUCAGCCUCUACUUGGGAAGAACGAACUCAGCUUGAGCAACAUCAAAGUCAAAAAGGCAUGGUUAUUUGUUUUUUAUUUGAUUUUCAUGGUUUUUAGAUUAUAAACAAGGUUUUGGUGGUAAAUUCGGAGUCCAGAACGACAGGAAGGACAAGUCAGCAGUUGGGUGGGAUGUAAAGGAGAAAGUGCAACCACAUGAGAGUCAAACUGGUAGACUUAUUCAUAUGAUAUCGUAAAUUAUCACUUAUUCCAGAUUACAAAAAAGGGUUUGGAGGAAAGUUUGGUGUACAAGAGGACCGUAAAGAUAAAUCCGCUUUGGGUUGGGAAGAAAGAACUCAAUUGCAGAAUCAUCAGAGCCAAACUGGUAUGUCAUUCGUUUAAAAUAAGUAUGUUUUGGUUUUAGAUUACAAAAAAGGCUUUGGUGGAAAGUUUGGAGUUGAAGAAGAUCGCAAAGACAAGUCAGCGGUUGGAUGGGAGGAACGGGAACAGCUUCAACAACAUGAAAGCCAAACGGGUACAUUACAAAUGCAAUGACUAAUAAGUUGAUUAGAUUAUAAAAAAGGAUUUGGAGGCAAAUUUGGAGUCCAAACUGAUCGAAAAGAUAAGUCCGCCGUUGGAUGGGAUGAAAAGGAGAAGUCGGAAGAGAGGAAAGGUAAGAUUUCGGAGCUUUGUUUAUUGGUUUUAGUGCCGGAAGAUAUCCCAAAAAUGAAAACAUCUGACCUACGAAGCAGAUUCGAACAGUUAUCUCAGCAACAAGGAAACGAUAAGGUAAAGGAAGAGAGAGAACGACGGAAGCGUGAGGAUGAAGCUCUUAAGAAAGAACAGGAAGAAGCCGAAAGAAAGCGACAGCAGAAACUCGCAGAAACAGAAGCUAACAAUCCACCACAAAUUCCUCCUGUCACCCCGCAAAACAAUAUCCAGCCAGCACCUCCACGUCUCCCUGUUGCACAAGAACCAUGUGUUAGACAUGUUGUCGAGAGUCCACCAGAACCUCGACCCGUUGUUGAGCUAGCUCCUGCGCCUACAGAAGAGCACAUUCCAUCAGAACCUGAACCCCCAACUCAUGAGAUAAAACAAAGAGAAAGCAUAAGUUCGGCCAAUGCUGAGGAUGAAUGGAUCGAUGAUGAUAAACCGGCAUUGUAUCGACUACCAGCAGCGGGUAUUCCUGCCGAACCUGUUGAUAAAAUAACGGCUGGACAAGGUUAUGAUUACGUUCCGUCAGAGCCCUCCCAACGUCAAACAAAUUAUGACUUUGUUCCUGAAGAACCUCCUAUGAAUGCUCAUCAAGAAGACCCCUACGAAUCUCUCGCACACCCCGAACCUUCAGCUCAGGUUCCUCAUGCCGCCUAUGAGGAACCACCAACCCUUCCUAGUGGAGGAUUAAUUGCUGUUGCAUUGUAUGAUUAUGAGAAACAGGAUGACGACGAGAUUGGAUUUGAUAUGAAUGAUAUUAUAACCGACGUUGAGCAGGUAGGCAUUAGUCCUCUUUUGUAAUCAUACUUUAGAUUGACGCCGGAUGGUGGAGAGGAAUGUGUCGUGGACGGUAUGGUCUCUUCCCCGCAAAUUAUGUCCAACUUCAACGCCAAUAA